GGCAGUGACCGUUGUGCGACGUUCAGUUGGGGUCAUAAACAUGGCGUGGAGAGGAUAUUUUGUCAAAUGGACCAAAACAGAAUGUAUAAAUUCUGUCGCCACAGUUUCGAGAGGUAGCAGGUUCACCCUCCACCCCCAGCAGAGGUGUGGUUUCCGGAAAGAAGCAAGGAAACCAGAGACAUGGAAGAGGGACCGGGGCAUCCCAGAAGAAACAGGCCCUCCCCCCUCUGAGGCUGCCGAUGCGGUGGUGUCUCGGAAAGCGGUGGCCCCUAAAUCAGGACCCCCACCCCCUGGCGCGGCUCCCAGGCGUACUGGGAAGCUGUUCAAGCCCUUUAUGUUCACAAUAGGGUUUACAGGGUGCUCCUUUGGUGCGGCCGCCAUCUUGCAAUACGAGUCCUUGAAGUCACGAGUGAAGACGGCCAAGGACGAGGCUGAGCAGGAGAAAAACGGAAAGGCAUCACAAGACAUGACAUACUGGCACAACUGGUGGAAUCAGCUAACAGACUUGCAGAAACAGGUCAUCCUGCUCAUGUCCUUUGUAGACGAUUUCUGGAGCAGCCUGACUGAGGGUCAGCAGAUGGCCACUGGGAUCAUAGCGGUCAAUGCUGUGGUGCUCUGCUGUUGGCGAAUACCCUCCAUGCAACGAUUCAUGGUCAAGUACUUUACUGCCAACCCAGCCUCCAAGACGCGGUGCCUUCCCAUGCUCCUCUCCACCUUCAGCCAUUACUCUAUAAUCCACAUGGCGGCCAACAUGUACGUCCUGUGGACCUUCUCCUCCAGCAUCGUCUCUCUCCUGGGGAAGGAGCAGUUCCUCGCUGUCUAUCUCUCUGCUGGCGUGAUCUCCACUAUGGUGAGCUACUUGUGUAAGACCAGCACGGGACGCCUGCAUCCCUCUCUUGGGGCGUCAGGGGCCAUCAUGACGGUCCUGGCCGCGGUCUGCACCAAGAUGCCCGAGGCCAAACUGGGAAUCAUCCUCCUGCCCAUGGUCAGCUUCACUGCAGGCAACGCCUUGAAAGCGAUCGUUGCCAUGGAUGCAGCGGGGCUCAUUAUGGGGUGGAGGCUGUUUGAUCAUGCUGCUCACCUUGGAGGAGCCCUCUUCGGAGUGUGGUAUGUAGCAUACGGCCACAAGCUGAUGUGGAGGAAGAGGGAGCCACUGGUCAAGGCAUGGCACAGCAUGAGAUCUCAGGCCCCUGGUGGACAGGGCAGGCCUAGGGGUUCGGGCGGGGACGGGGGCAGACCUGGACCCCCAACAUAGCACUCUGGGAAGUUGGCCCAUAACCACUGAUCAGGUGUCAGAUAUUCCUCACACCCCCCCAAUUGGUUAGGAUUGGCUGUAGGGGGUAUCUGAACCUAAAUCUGUGGUUAGGGGGAAUCUUCUACCUCAAGAAGCCUUUUUUUGGUACUUAUGCCUGGUGAUAUCCAGCUGACAGCUGUGGAGGGCGGGACCCAGCAACCCAAACCUCUUCUAAUUGGCGCGUUCCUCUGCCCAGGCGUUGCUGAUGCAUGCCUUAUCUGACGUCUGGAUAGGUAUUUUAAGUAUCAGCCAACCACAUCAUAUGUUAUAGCAAUCUGGAGCCCGACGGCAGUCAAUGACGUGGCACGCAACCAUUGGUUGAUGCAUGCAACAUCUGAGCAGAGGAACGCAACCAAUCUAAUCAGAGAGAGUGGACAUAUUUGCGACUUAAGAUGGCAGUCUUGUUUUAGGAGGAUUUCAGACAGUACUCUAUUGUAACUAAGUCCUAAGGGAUGAAUGAUUAAUUUGGUUUGAUAACAGUGACUGUACUCUAGUACAGAUGUUGGCUUUAUCAUUAUGGGGUAGUUUCUAUGAAGAUGUGAGAUGUUACCAUAGAGAUAUUGUAUUACAUAAUGUAUUCAUAUUCUAUGUCUAUGGUUGAUACAGUGACUGCUUCCUGUUCUCUGAACCUGACUUCCUGUUUGUAAGGAAGUGGUUAACGGAGAAUGACCAUCCUGGACUAAAACAACAAACUUCCUCAUUGACCAUAAGAACUUCAACUUCCUUGUAGUUUGUAGGUGUGCUGGCGUUGCCAGAGGUUUCUGAAAGGUUGAGAUGCUUAUCUUGGUAAAACAUUUUGUAAAUCCUGAACCUUACAAAAAAGGUACAUAACACGCCAAAAAUGUCAUCAACACUGCGGUACUCUUUUAUUGAAAAGGUCACCUUCAUCCUCACUGGGGUAGUACAUUUGGGUUUUUAAGGGAUACUUCAGGAUUUUCCCAGAGUCAAGAUGAACUCAUGGAUAUCAUGUUUAUAUCUGCAUGCAGUAGAGGUAGUUUUGCUGCACGCAGCGCUGGCACAAGGCAGUUUCUCUGGACCCCUGUAAGGUCGGAGUUCGUCCCCCUCCUCCCUAAAAUAAAAAUCCAUUCACAAAGUAUAGACUACAGAUUGCUGUCCGUGGUGCUGAAAUUGCGACGUGUCUAUGCAGCGGGCCGAUCGAAUCAACCUGGUCUCGGAGCAUUUCGUAUUGUUCUGUAUGUAAAUCCAAGACACUCCAUUUAGUAUGAUAUGUUACGAAUUUGCAGACGUACAAUGUUAAAAAUGAGUUAAGAAUUCUAGCUAGGUGGCUAACAUUAGCUAGGCUAGGGGUUAGGGUUAAGUUCAAGAGUUAAUUUAAAGGGUUGGGAGAAGGGUUAGCUAACAUGCUAAGUGGUUUCUAAGCAGUUGCAAAGUAGCAAGUAGUUAAAGUUGCUAAAAUGCUAAAGAUCUCCUCGAUGAGAUUUGAGCUCACAACCUUUGGGUUGGUAGACAUUCGCGUUAUACUCCAAGUAACCAUCUUAUGUAACCAUACGAAACGGAGUGUCCUUAGAUUUACGUACAGAAUAAUAUGAAAUUCUCUGAGACCAGGCUGAUGGAAUUGAUGAUAGGGUUUCUAUUGUGCCCCAGCAUGUAGCCUAUAGCGUUGCUUCAGCUAAUGGAUAUGUUUAUUAGGCCUAUUUGGUUGUCAUUUUUCCAUAUUUGGUUGUCAUUUUCUCAUGUUAAGCCUAACAUUUCACUAAGCUAUACAGGGUGUUACAAGGCUGCCAUGGUUUAGACUGAUGGCUGGCGGCAAUAAUGUAAUGACUUGUUCUGUAAUUAAAGUUAGAAUUUCAAACAUUG